AUGUGCAGAUGGAAUAACUUCUUAAACAAUAUAAUGGAUUUAUCAUAUAUUUUUAGUAUUAAGUUUGUAGAUGUAAUACUUAAAAUGGAUUUAUCCAAUUUUGCUACAGUCUGAGGGAAUUUUAUUGACUCCAAUGACCCUGAUCUGCAGGAGAACACUAGACUUGCGCUAUAUUCCUUAUCAACUCUUAUGCUUGAGCAAUCGCUUCCACCCAAAUCAAAAUUAUUCUUCACAGAUCUCCAAUCGAGAACCUUAAACUGAGAAACAUUUAACAAAAAAAUUGGAAAUGUGAAGAAGAGCGUUGAAAAAUUGCAUGAUUUCUUUAAGCAGAGGCCAUAUGAAAUGAACAGAAGGGCACCUCAGAUCAGAGGAAGCAGAUGAGGCUCAGAUAUGCCUGGUAAUAUGGAAAAUUCUAGGGAAGAUUAUUCUGAAGAAAGAAAAUUAUCAAAUUCUCAAGAACAGAAAUUUUCAGGUGAGGGCCAAGUAAAUAGAAAUUCCCAAAAUAGAAAAAUAGAAGUUCAAAAUAUCUCAAUAUUAGAUUCCCCAAGACCAUAUAGACCUGAAGAAUCUAAACUAACUGUUCAGCCAAAAUAUUUAGAAAUCACAGAAAUUUCUCAGCCAAAGUCCAAACCUGUUUUAAUCCCAAUCUCUAAAGAUAUCAAAGUUUUACUAGGAAAACCUACAUUUGAGGCAUCAGACCACUUUAUAUCACAUCCGUAUGCUGCGAACACAGUAAGAUUAUUUGUAAGAGACCAGAAGAUUUUUGUAUCUGAAACUGUAAUUCCUCCUAGUAACCCCAUAAUAGAUAGUAUGAAAAUACGCAAAUCCUCAAACCUUAUACAAGUAAAAUCAAUGAGCCUCUCAAUGGGCAUGGUUUUUGUUUUUGGAAAGAAUGAAAUAGUGGUUAAAGCUACAAAUUUUACCGGAGAUCUUGUGCUGGAAAUUUCAGGAGGUCCAAACCCUUUUACAUAUGAAAGGGUUAUUACUAGCUAUACUCGCAUUGGAUGCAAUGCAAAUUGUGAGUUGCAGCUUGAUAGAGAUGAAGAAAUACAGCAUUUUCACGCAAAUUUAAAAAAAAUAGAAAAAAGUUGGGUAAUUGAAGCAUAUGCUGAUAACAUAUGAUUAUGGAUGGGAAUGCAUUUGAGAAACAGUGCUUCUGGGCGCAGAGAUUCUAACGAAUAUCAAAUUUAUAAUGACUCGUGCAUAAGGAUACAUGACAGCAAAUACCAGGUGCGCCUUGUUGCCGCCUAA